UAUAUAUGACCCUUGCAAUGGCUGUUGCAGUUUCCUUGCGCCCAGCCAGCCCUGUAGUGUAGUUGUAUAUUACUAUAUUUUUUUUCUUUUGUUUUUUUCUCUCUGAUCUAUCAAUCUUCUAGGGUUGGAGGUGUGAAUUCACUCAGAACUCAAACCGAUCGAAUCCCAAUUUAGGGUUUCCCACCUUGUUGAUUGUCGCGCCAAUCUCCCUAAUACACAUAUCCAUUUCCUUAUCUAUAUCUGAUCUGUAGAAAAUUUUACAUUUUAAUUUGCAAUUUUCUUCUAUACAGUGGAUAAACACAUCAAAGAACAAAAAUCAGCAUAUAAAGUUUGGAUUUUGUGCAGGCAAUUGUGCGUAUUUUUUGUUCAAUUGUCAGUUGGUGCUGUUUUUGCCGUUCCUUGUUUUAUGAAAUUCGGAUCUGGGACUUGGCCGCGUUGAUUUUGAUUUUGCUAGUAUCUUAUUUAUAGCAUAUUUGAUCGAAAGAGGAAAGAAAGUAUUUUUUUUUUAGCAUAUUUAUAUUCUGGGGGCAAUUAGGAAUAUUGUUUGAUGGAUAAGAAGGUUGCCGCUCCGCUUGUUUGCCACGGGCAUUCCCGGCCGGUUGUUGAUUUGUUCUACAGCCCCAUCACUCCUGAUGGAUUUUUCCUCAUCAGUGCCAGCAAAGAUUCCACUCCAAUGUUGAGAAAUGGGGAAACUGGAGACUGGAUUGGAACCUUUCAAGGACAUAAAGGUGCAGUAUGGAGUUGCUGUCUUGAUAAAAAUGCUCUUCGUGCAGCAUCAGCAUCUGCUGAUUUCAGUGCAAAAUUAUGGGAUGCAUUAACUGGGGAUGAACUGCACUCAUUUGAUCAUAAGCACAUUGUCCGGGCAUGUGCCUUUUCAGAUGAUACACAUCAUUUGCUCACCGGUGGUCAUGAAAAAAUUCUUCGCAUAUUUGAUCUUAAUCGACCAGAUGCUCCUCCAAGAAAAAUUGAUAGUUCUGGUACAGUUAGGACAGUUGCUUGGCUACACAGUGAUCAAACCAUAUUAAGUUCCUGCAGUGAUAUGGGUGGAAUUAGAAUCUGGGAUUUAAGAAGCAGUGAAGUUGUUCAAACCCUUGAGACCAAAUCUUCUGUAACAAGUGCUGAAGUAUCUCAGGACGGCCGUUAUAUUACGACUGCUGAUGGUUGCUCUGUCAAGUUUUGGGAUGCUAAUCACUUUGGAUUGGUAAAGAGCUAUGACAUGCCCUGCAAUGUUGAAUCUGCUUCCUUGGAACCAAAGUUUGGUAACAAGUUCAUUGCUGGAGGGGAAGAUAUGUGGGUUCGUCUCUUCAAUUUUCAAACUGGAGAAAUGAUUGGAUGCAACAAAGGGCACCAUGGCCCUGUACACUGUGUACGAUUCUCUCCAGGAGGAGAAUCUUUUGCAUCGGGAUCAGAAGAUGGAACAAUUAGAAUAUGGCAGACUGGUCCUCGGGAUCAAAAUCAAGCAGAGACUUGGGCUGUUAAUGGACCGAUUGCAAACACAAGAGAUGGCAAUGAGGAGGUGGCCAAUAGGAUUGAACAGUUACACAUUGCCGAAGGAGGGAAGAUUGAUGAGAAUAAGGGACAGUUACAGGCAAAUGAUGUCUGAAGAGGGUAGAAUAGCUAGCGCUUUUUGUUCCAUCUAUGUAUGUUCUGCACUGGUUUGGAAGCUGUAAGUUGAUAGUAAUUUCUGAGGAUAGUAUAUGGUAUGGUUUGAAUAAGACCGAUCUUUACAAAAUGUUUCAAUGAAAUGUUUGCUUUUUCCUC